GCCGAGGGGCCGCGAGAGCUUUGCAGCCGCCUUCACCGCCUUUGCUGGGGGUGGCUGCAGCCAGAGAAACACACCAAGGCCCAGAUGUUAGACCGGGUGAUCUUGGAGCAGUUUCUGGCUGUCCUGCCCACGGAGAUGCAGCGCUGGGUGUGGGAGUGCCGGGCGGAGACCAGCUCCCAGGCGGUGGCCCUGGCCGAAGGGUUCCUCCUGAGCCAGGCAGAGGAGAAACAGCAGGAAGGGUACCAGGUUCUGAGGCCCUUCCUGGAGGUGAGCACUAAUUGUCCUGAGGGAAGGGUGGAUCCUGCAAAUCCCUCUCAGGAGUUGUGUCUCAGAGGGAUCUUGAAGGAAGAAAGUCAACAUCAGGAUACCUCACUAGGGAACAAAAUGGAGUCACCGUUGUUCAUAGGAUCAUCUCCUUAUACUGGUGGAGCUGAAAGAGCAGCUGGACCUCCAGCUCAGGGCCCUGUGUCCUUUGAGGAGGUGGCCAUUCAUUUCACCAGUGAAGAGUGGUCGCUGCUGGAUUCCAGCCAAAAGGCCCUGCACCGAGAAGUCAUGUUGGAGACGUCUGGGAAUGUGGCCUCCUUAGGUAAGGGUUCCUCUGGAGGAAAAUUAAGUCAGAGUGGGAA